CGCUUUUCCUGGCAAUGAGGAAGGAGAGUUCAUGUCUGUGUCUGGUGGUCACCUGCACCGCAGCGGCAGGGGGCAUGGGGAAGAACUCGGAUCUGCAGCACUGAGUGAGAGGGCCCUGCCGUCGGUCCCCAGGUGUGGUCAGCAUGGGCCCCGUGGGCAAACAGGGCCCCUCAUCCCCACCGGGCCCCACGGGAGGGCCUUGCCUCCUCCUCCUCUUCUGCCUGCGCUUGGGCGCUUCCUGCCCGCAGAGCUGCCAGUGCCCUGACCACGCCGGGGCCGUGGCCGUCCACUGCAGCGCCAGGGGCCUGCAGGAGAUCCCCAGAGACAUCCCUGCCGACGCCGUGCUCCUGAAGCUUGAUGCCAACAGGAUCGCCCACAUCCCCAACGGGGCUUUCCAGCACCUGAACCAGCUGAGAGAGCUGGACUUGUCCCAGAACACCAUCGAGACCAUCGGCCCUGCCGCCUUCUCAGGCCUGGCCGGGGGCCUGCGGCUGCUGGACCUGUCCCGGAACCGCAUCCGCAGGAUUCCCAAGGACGCCCUGGGCAAGCUCAGCGCCAAGAUCCGCCUGUCCCACAACCCCCUGCACUGCGAGUGUGCGCUGCAGGAGGCGCUGUGGGAGCUGAAGCUGGACCCCGAGUCGGUGGCCGACCUCGCCUGCCACACGGCGGUGCGGGAGGAGUUCGUGGGCAAGCCGCUGAUCCAGGCGCUCGACUCCGGCGUCAGCUUCUGCAGCGCCCCCCACAGGACCACCGACGUGGCCAUGCUGGUCACCAUGUUCGGCUGGUUCGCCAUGGUGAUCACCUACGUUGUGUACUACGUGCGCCAGAACCAGGAGGACGCCAGGAAGCACCUGGAGUACCUGAAGUCCCUGCCCAGCGCCCCCGCCUCCAAGGACCCCGCCAGCCCUGCGCCCUAGUGCCCGCUCCCCCUCUGUCCCCCAGCACUUUUGUAGCAGAUGGUGACGGACUCCUGCUUGCAAGAUCUCUGAGCGGCAGGUCCCCACAGCCCUUCUGUGCAGUGCCCGACCCUUCCAGAACCCUCUCUCGUGUUGUGUUUCAGUCACCACGCCACCUUUCACGUCCAACAUGUUACCAUCGGGCCCACUUGACGGGCCAGGAAAGCAAAGCUCGGAGAAACGGCCUUGCCCACCAGGGCACAGCUGGGAAACGACCCAGUGGGGACUUAAAGCCAGGCCCGCACUCGGCCGGCCACUUUUCCGUGGCGUCUGUAGGGUGUGAAUAGCGUUCGGAGAAGCAAGGGAGGCGCCCAGGAGCGUGAGGUCGGCCCGCCCAGGCGGGAGCAGGCUGGUCUGUGAGGGCACAGACGGGCCCACGCCGCAGAGCUGGUUUCCUUGCCCCCCAGUAGUCCUUCCGAAACACAUCUGACCGAAGAGCUCUUUACAGGCCAGGUUUUUGCCGAGAGUCUGGCGAGAGGGGAAGACAACCUAAACACCCAAACCCAAGAAAACCAUGGACAGAAACCCGAAAAAGGUCCAGAGCUGGUCGUCGAGGCGGGCAGUGUCCGGGGCCUGACCGGUGCGCCCUGCCCAGGGGCCCGCCCCGGGCCGCGCCUAGUCUGGGGGCAGGCCCGUCCUGCGGGGCCGGUAGUGCCUUGCUUUUCUGCUCACUGAUGCCUGCAGCAGCGCCUCGUCGAGGACAGGAGGACCGAGGUUUGCUGUUUCAAGGCCAGUCAACGGGGUGCCCCUUUCUCCGGCAGCGGGAACUCUCUGCCUUCCUCUCUCGGUCCCUCUCUCCGCCUUUGCCGCCAGGCGUCUCGGAAUGAAUUCCCGUGUUACUCCACGUUCAGGGCAGACAUUGCCUCCGCCUGCGUAACUGUGAUCUUCCUUACCAGUUUUAUUUUUUGAUGUCUCUGUGUGCGUAUGUAUUUUUAAAUGGCUUAAGAUAUUGGGGGGGGGACCAGUAGGGAUAAAUUGCUUAUGAGCUUCAGGUAUGAAGGAUGCAAGUCUCCUGAAGCAGAUGCUUAGAAAGGAUUAAAAUAGAGGUGGUUUGUACUCGGAAA